UGUUUCGGGGGGACCACUGCUGCUGUACGGAGAGUGGGUCGGAGGCCGAAAGGCUGCGGCGGGCCCCUGACUCGCUCCCGUGGGGCCUGGGCAGGAGCCGAUGGCCGUGGUUCCCCGGUGGCAGCAGCGGCCGUGCCGGACCCGUGACCGCCUGUGUUUCCUCGCAGGGGACUUUGUGCAGCUGCCCGUGCCCAUCAUCCAGCAGCUCUACCACUGGGACUGCGGCCUGGCCUGCUCCAGGAUGGUGCUGCGGUACCUGGGCCACCUGGACGACAGCGAGUUCGAGGGGGCCCUGCAGGAGCUGCGGCUGACCCGCAGCAUCUGGACCAUUGACCUGGCCUACCUGAUGCGCCACUUCGGAGUGCGGCACCGCUUCUGCACCCAGACCCUGGGGGUGGACAAGGGCUACAAAAACCAGUCCUUCUACAGGAAGCACUUCGACACCGAGGAGACGCGUGUCAACGAGCUGUUCGCACAGGCCCAGGCCUGCAAGGUGCUGGUGGAGAAAUGCUCGGUGAGCAUCCAGGACAUCCAGGCGCACCUGGCGCAGGGCCACGUGGCCAUCGUGCUGGUGAACUCGGGGGUGCUGCACUGCGAGCUCUGUUCCAGCCCCGCCAAGUACUGCUGCUUCGCCCCCCGCGGCCACCGCUGCUUCUGCCGCACCCCCGACUACCAGGGCCACUUCAUCGUGCUGCGCGGCUACAGCCGGGCCACGGGCUCCAUCUUCUAUAACAACCCGGCCUUCGCCGACCGAAUGUGCAGCACCAGCGUCAGUAACUUUGAGGAGGCCAGGACCAGCUACGGCACGGACGAGGACAUCCUCUUUGUCUACUUGGACAGCUGACAGCGGAGCCGGGCCCACCCAGGAGGCCCGGCCCAGCCCCGGCUGCUGGGGCUCGGAGACAGAGCGAGGGCCUCAGCCCGUGGGACAAAGCCCCAGGGAAUUCUGGGAGGUC